ACUACAACAGCAUCAUCGCGUCAAUGUGAAAACACUAUCGCCUCAAUUCGAUACUAAUCUCCAGCAACAAACACUAUCAUGGAUCAAUCACCACCAAAACGUGUCACGCGUGCCCGAGCGGCAGCGAAAACAACAGACACGGGUAUCAAGACUACCAAAAUCGCGACUGCCGCUUCAAAAGCGAAAGUCACUCGUACUGUCUCGACGACAAAACGCAAGACCCGAGCCGACGAUGUCGAAAUCGAAGAACAGCAAGACCCAGAACCCAUAAUCGAACCAGAACCAAAAACCACACGCGGACGUGCAAGGAAGACCGUCCAACCCGACCCAGCGCCAGAGCCAGAACCAGAAAUGAACGAACCUCCAGUUAGACCGACUCGAGGUCGCCCCAAGAAGGCUGCAGCUCCGGUCGAAACUCCAGCUCCAGAACCCACAAGAGCUACAAGAGGACGCGCGAAGAAAAUUGAAGUACCUCAAGAGGAAUCAAUCGUCGUUGAGGAUCCACCGAAGAGACCUGCUCGAGGACGAGCGACUACAGUCAGCAAGGUGGCAGCCCCCAAAAAGACCGUCAAGUUCGAAGAACCUGACAAAGAAAACAUCAUCCCCAUCGAGGUAAAUGCCAAGGGCAAAGGGAAAGCUGCUGAGCCUGCGACUGGUCUACGAGCCAAGCCAGUACGAAAGGCUGCCGCAACAACCACAACUCGAGCUACCCGCGGACGUGCAAAGACCACUGUUGAAGAGAAGGAAAAGUCAUCACCAUUGAGUCCCAAGAAGGCAACACAGGUGGCUACGGCGAAAGAGACUGUAUCAGAAGAUGAGCUGGCUACAUCUGAGAAGACACCCAUGAGACCACUCAUGAAGAGUCCAAUAAAGGCCCCCGGAAGUAUCUUUGGCACUGCGAAGAAGCUGGACUUCUCAAACUCAAACUCCAUCACUGUCAACAGGGUCGCCACACAGGAUCUAAAGGGAUCAAUCAUGGCAAGCCCAGCUCGACGACCCCCGCAAUCCCCAUUCAAGGAGACUUUCAAGGCAUCUGCUCAGAAGUUGACAAUGGGCAAUUCGAUGUUCCAAUCGCCUUUCAAGCCAUCUCUGCCAGCUCCAAAGUCCAACACUGAGAACUCUCCAUUCAAAGCCUCAUUGCUUCAAUCGCCAGCUAGACGCCCACAAUCGCCAACCAAGGUCGGCGAAAAUGGUUCUCCCUCUAGAUCCGCAAACAAUGCAUCUUUGUUCGCUGGAACGCCAAAAGCCAGCACUUUCAAGAUAUCGAGAUUUGCUACUCCAAGAACGGUCACUAAGAGUGCUGUGCGGACUGGAGAUAUGGGUCCUCCAAGUAUGCCUGCUGCUACUGGUAGCCCGGCUUCCAAGGACGAUUCCGAUUCUACAAUGAUGGUAGCUGAGCCGAGUUUGACAUUCUCUGGUCGUCUUUCGUCGAUCAUGCCUCGAGAUGCUGACAUGGCAUUCGAAAAGUCCGAGCCAAUCGCCGAGGAGAUUGACACUUUGACCAUUGACGACAAUGGACAAGACGGCGAUAUCAUGGCCGUUGAUGAGCCGGAUGUUAUGGUUGAAGACAUCGUGGAUCACAACACAACUCCUCCUGCUUCUCCACCGAGGGACAGCACUGGAUUCUCGGCGGCUUUUGCUCUUCGCGAAACUGACAAUAAUCCAUUCGACGACUCGGAGUCAGAGGAUGAACUUGCUUCAGGCUCUCCAAGUUAUUCGCCUGUCCCGAUGUCAGGCUUCAACAUCUCUCACGACUUUGCAUCGUCGCCAGCGACUCCAAGUCCUUUCAAGGCAAUUGCCAAGACACCCAAGACAACAUCCACUCAAAAAUGUUUUGAAUCUGCUCAUAAGAGCAAGAUUGGCUUUACUCCUCUUGCCAGACAAUUGAGUGACUGGAUGGCCGCAAGCCCACAAAAAUCUGAGGAGACCAACUCUGACGAAGCAACUUCUCCUAUUAAGCUCAUCUCACAACAAGAUAAAGAUGCUACGCCACGACCAUCUCCUGCCAAGAGCACAUUCUUUGAGGAUGAGAUGUCUAUUCGUGAUGAACUGGCUGCUGAACCGGAGCUUCUCGCUCAGGAGGAAGACAUUUUGGAUGCCAAUUUUGAGCCUGUUGAACUUGAUGAGGAGGAUAUGGCUCUUGCCAUGGAGGCUGAUGAGAUGUCCAUGCUCGAGCCUGAGGAAGUCGAAGUUCAUGUUCAUGAAGAACUAUUCGAGGAAGCUCCAGUCACUGAGGAGGGGGUGGCACAAGCCUCGGAAGAUGAAUUCCUUGUCGCCGAGCCAACUGUAUCAGAGUUCAUCAACGUCGAGAUGAUCCAGGAGGAACUUGAAACUGUCCAGCCAACCUCUGCUGACGAGCAUGUUCUCUUGGAAGCCACAGUCGAAACGCUCUUGGAAUGUGAGCCAACUACGGAAGCACAAAUUGUGGACGCCGAGCCUCAGACUGUGCAAGAGCAGGAGAACAUUCUGGAAGUCAUUCAUGCGGAGAUCUCGGAGCCUCAAGCCAUGCAAGAAUCCGACAUUGAUGAGUUGGCUGACGAGGCCGACAUGCCAUCAGCCCCUGAACCUGCACCUUCAGAGGCCAGCCAAGAAUAUGGGGACGAGAAUGCCAUACCUAUCGACCCUCAAUUGAUGGCAGCUCCGGUACCUCAGUCUCCAGAACAUUCAUAUGCGACACCAAGACCAAAGCGCAUUCUUGGUGAGCGAGUAUGCCACACAGUCUCAAAGGUUCCUCUCAAAGCUGCUGCUGAGGACACCCCAUUGAGACCAUCUCCCAAGAAGCGAAGUGCCAGUAUCUCUCGAUUGCCAUCGCAAAGACCUUCAAGCAAUCUGACUCGCAACAACACAGUGAUCUCAUACUCGCCAACCAAGAACACACCCAGAACUCAACCCAAGAAGCAAAGCCAAGAAGUUGACAUGCAAGGGGCACUUACGACACCUUCGAAAGCAGAGGGCUGGUCCACGAUGGGGACUCCAGCUCGCACGCCACGUCGUGACAUCAAUACUUCUCUUUUGAAAGGUGCCGUGGUCUUCGUCGAUGUCCACACGAGCGAAGGAUCAGAUGCUAGCGCUCUUUUCACUGAGCUUCUCACUCAAAUGGGUGCUCGAUGUGUCAAGACCUGGAACUGGAAUGGCAAUUCUGAGGACACCAGCAAGAUUGGAAUCACACAUGUUGUUUUCAAGGAUGGCGGAAAGAGAACUCUCGAGCGAGCCAAGGAGACUAACGGAGUUGUCUCUUGUGUCGGUGUUGGAUGGGUGUUAGACUGUGAACGUGAGAAUAAAUGGCUUGAUGAGUCUCUGUACUCUGUCGACACCGGAAUGGUCCCAAGAGGUGGCCAUCGUCGCCGCAAGAGCAUGGAGCCACGUGCUCUGGCCAAGAUGAACGGCGAGCUCGUCUCGUCGAUGACUCCAAAUCGCAACGUGUCGCCCACCAAGGAGUUUCUUCACUUCCCAGACACUCCAGGAACCAGCAAGAGCCGCAGACGCGAGUCCGUUCAAUGGAUUCGCUCCCCAGCUUCAUCCUCGUCAGGUGAUGUUGACGACCAGACUCUGAUCCUCUCUCCCGUCCCGGCUACUCCAGCACCAGAGACCAUCUCCGCGUAUGGCGAGGAAGGUCUCUAUGGUGAGGACACACCAGCUGGCCAGACUCCAUACUUCCUUCAUAACGCGCAGCUUGUCCAGAAGACUGCUCCUGCUGGAAGACGGUACGUUGAUACUGAACAGACGGAUUCCCAGGGUAGAAACUCUAUGGGAGCGGGUUUCUUGAGCGAGAAGAAGGAUGAGACUGUUAUGAUGCGUCUGAUGGCUGCGAGGAGGAAGAGUAUGCAGUUUGCUCCUAAGGUUGGAAGUCCACUUGCGAGAGGGUCGUUGUUUUAAAUUGUUUUUGGAAUUUGUGAAGAUGGGGAGUGGAGUGCAUGGGAAGGAAGGAGUAUUAUUCAUUCUUUGAGGGAGGUUAAGGGAGACGAUUUGAUGAAUUUGAUUUGGUUUACUGGCUUGGUUGAUGGAUUGGGUUGGGGUGUGGUGUUGGAGUACUGCUCUGAUUGUUUGGUUGAACUGCUUUGUUGAAGUACCGCAUGCGCUUGUUGUUGG